AUGAAGCUGGAAACUCUGACGCUCGGCGCGACCGUGUCGUCCGCCUUUGCGGCCGUCAUCCCCCAACAGCCGUUGCUGAACAACCCCUACAUCCACCACGACGCCGAUAAAUAUCUCAUUGAACUCGCUCCCUAUCAGACACGCUGGGUGACCGAAGAAGAAAAAUGGGCAUUGAAGCUGGAUGGCGUCAACUUCAUCGAUGUUACCGCAGAACGUAACACUGGUUUCUAUCCCACCUUAGACACCAUCAGCCAUGUCUCCUAUCCAACACAGAUGGCACAUGCGAAGGAGGUCUCCACGUUGAACGACGGUCUCUCCAAGUCCAACAUGGAAGCCAACCUGGAAAAGUUCACCUCCUUCCACACCCGAUACUACAAGUCCCAGUCCGGCAUCGAGUCCGCCACUUGGUUGUAUAACCAAGUUUUCGAUGUGGUCAAGCAGUCUGGCGCCAAAAAGUACGGUGCGACGGUGGAAAGGUUUGAUCACCCGUGGGGUCAAUUCAGCAUUAUCGCCCGCAUCCCCGGCAAGUCCAGCAAGACGGUCGUCCUGGGUGCGCACCAGGACAGCAUCAAUCUCUUCCUGCCGUCUAUUCUGGCGGCCCCCGGUGCCGAUGACGACGGCAGCGGCACCGUUACCAUCCUCGAAGCCCUGCGGGGUCUGCUGCAGUCAGACUCCGUUGUGCGCGGCGAGGCGCCCAACACUAUCGAGUUCCACUGGUAUUCCGCUGAGGAAGGUGGCAUGCUAGGCUCCCAAGCCAUCUUCUCGCAGUACAAGAAGGACUAUCGCGAUAUCAAGGCCAUGUUGCAGCAGGACAUGACGGGUUAUACUCAGGGCGCGCUCGAUGCGGGUCGCGACGAGGCAAUCGGCAUCAUGGUGGACUACGUCGACCAGUCCUUGACCGAUUUCCUCAAGGAGGUGGUAACUUCUUACUGCGACAUCGGCUUUAUCGAAACGAAAUGUGGCUACGCGUGUUCGGAUCACACAUCCGCCAGCAAGUACGGAUAUCCGGCGGCCAUGGCGACUGAAUCCGAGAUGGAAAACUCCAACAAGCGCAUCCACACGACCGACGACAAGGCCAAGUAUUUGAACUUUGACCACAUGCUACAGCAUGCGAAACUGACCCUGGGCUUUGCGAACCCACCCGUCUGCAAAAUCGUCAUCCUCCAACGUCCCCUCCAUCUUCCUCAAUUCCACCCCAUCACGCUCAAUUGCACUCAGAUCGACUGCUGGACAGUUGGUCCCGUCACUAUGGAGUUGCCCUACGCUCAAGAACUCCAGCUGGCCUGUCUCACCGUCCAGCGCGCCUCCCUCCUCACCAAGAAAGUCCUGGACGCCGUGGACAAAGGCGCCCUCGACAAGAGCGACUCCAGCCCGGUCACCAUCGCCGACUUCGCCGCGCAGGCGCUCAUCAUCGCCGCCAUUCACCACGUCUACCCGGAUGAUGACAUCGUCGGCGAGGAAGACUCCAAUGCCCUGCGCAAGGAUCCGCAAUUGCUCGACCGCACCUGGGCGCUCGUCGCGUCCAUGCACACCUCCCCCGACGACAGCCCGCUCUACACCCCCGCCUCGAAAGAAGAGAUGCUCGACCUGAUCGACCUCGGCGCCAAAGGCACCUGCAGCCCGCACAACCGCGCCUGGGUCCUCGACCCCGUGGACGGCACGGCGACCUUCAUUCGCGGCCAGCAAUACGCCGUGUGUCUGGCCCUCGUGGAACAGGGCCAGCAACGCCUCGGCGUCCUGGGCUGCCCGAAUCUCAGCCUCGACAUCCUCGCCGCCACGCCCGGCGGCUACAUCCAGGAAGACGCGGUCGAUCGCACCGGCUACGGGACGCAGGUGUUUGCCGUGGCCGGCCACGGCGCCUACACGCGCACCAUGACCGCCUCCCCGACGGAUCUAGAGCCGGCGCAGCGCAUCCCGCCCCGGACUCCGGUCACACACCCGCGCGAUAUCUCGUUUGUCGACUGUACGUCCACGACGUCCUCGGACGUUGACUUGCAUGCGCGGCUGGCGGCCCGGCUCGGCGCGCCGUGGCCGCCGGCGACGGAUCUGUGGUCGGCCCAGCUGCGCUAUGUGGCGCUUGCGGUGGGCGGGUGCAACGUGCUGCUGAAGAUCCCGCGCAAGCGCGAGUAUCGGUCGAAUAUCUGGGAUCAUGCGGGGGGUAUGCUGAUUGCGCAGGAGACGGGAUGUCGCGUGACGGACUUGGCGGGCAAUGAGGUCGAUUGUGGGAGUGGGAGACGGUUAACGGGGUGUUAUGGGAUGGUUGUGGCGCCGGAAGGGAUCCAUGGGUGUUUGGUUGAGGGGGUGAAGGAGUUCGUGUAG